GGCGCGUGAACUUGCCCGCGCAAGGAAUAAAGUUUCCUAUCUGGCACGACACGACGCAAAAUUUUCCACGUAGUGGAACAACAACAACAGCAAAAACAACAAUUGAAUUGUAGAGGAGCCUAUUUUGAAAAAUGGUUCGUACCAAAAUUUAAUAUGGGAAGAAGAGAUGCUGACCAUGCGAGAUCAGAUGUUGAUAAAUAUAGAAAGCAAUUAGGAAAACACGAGUUCAAGGGGAAAAGUAAAAGAGACACAUUAGCAAUUCGGAGCAAGGCACAAGCAAGAAAGUCAGAGUCGCCAUUAAAAGAUGGAUUAAUUCUGCUUGGGACAUUGGUGAUUUUGAUGCUGGGAAUUUAUACCGGAUUUUACUUCUACUUUUCCAAAUGAAUCAACAAAAGACAAAUACAUGAAAAAAAUUUUCAACUGUAUUUUAAAAUAUCUUGAUUGUAAUAUAAGAUUAUACUGUG